AUGAUGUACCAGGAGGAUUUCUCCAGUUUCAGCAGUACAGUCUCAGCAGUACAGUCUCAGCAGUACAGUCUCAGUACAGUCUCAGCAGUACAGUCUCCGUUCAGUCUCAGUACAGUCUCAGCAGUACAGUCUCAGCACUACAGUCUCAAUACAGUCUCACUACAGUCUCAGCAGUACAGUCUCAGCAGUACAGUCUCAGCAGUACAGUCUCAGUACAGUCUCAGCAGUACAGUCUCAGUACAGUCUCAGCAGUACAGUCUCAGCACUACAGUCUCAGUACAGUCUCAGUACAGUCUCAGCAGUACAGUCUCAGUUCAGUCUCAGUACAGUCUCAGCAGUACAGUCUCAGCACUACAGUCUCAGCAGUACAGUCUCAGUUCAGUCUCAGUACAGUCUCAGCAGUACAGUCUCAGCACUACAGUCUCAGUACAGUCUCAGCAGUACAGUCUCAGCACUACAGUCUCAGUACAGUCUCAGUACAGUCUCAGCAGUACAGUCUCAGCACUACAGUCUCAGUACAGUCUCAGCAGUACAGUCUCAGCACUACAGUCUCAGUACAGUCUCAGUACAGUCUCAGCAGUACAGUCUCAGCACUACAGUCUCAGUUCAGUCUCAGUACAGUCUCAGCAGUACAGUCUCAGCACUACAGUCUCAGCACUACAGUCUCAGUACAGUCUCAGCAGUACAGUCUCAGCACUACAGUCUCAGCACUACAGUCUCAGUUCAGUCUCAGUACAGUCUCAGCAGUACAGUCUCAGCACUACAGUCUCAGUUCAGUCUCAGUACAGUCUCAGCAGUACAGUCUCAGCACUACAGUCUCAGCACUACAGUCUCAGUACAGUCUCAGCAGUACAGUCUCAGCAGUACAGUCUCAGCAGUACAGUCUCAGUACAGUCUCAGCAGUACAGUCUCAGCAGUACAGUCUCAGCAGUACAGUCUCAGUACAGUCUCAGCAGUACAGUCUCAGCACUACAGUCUCAGCAAUACAGUCUCAGCAGGACAGUCUCAGCAGUACAGUCUCAGCAGUACAGUCUCAGCAGUACAGUCUCAGCAGAGUCUGGCUCACGUCCAGUGGGAGGAUGUUCGUGA